ACGGGCCAGAAUGGGGGGCCAGGAGGGUCAGCUACCGCCUCUGCAGCUGAGGUUCCGCAUGCCAGGUGACUAUAAGCAAUGUUUGCGUUCUAGGAAGAGACCCGAGGGCGCAUCCCUCAUGCUGAUCCUGAGGCUGCCGCGUCUGUGGAGGGGGGUCUCCAGGCAGCCCUGCUGGGCCUUGUGCCCCCCACUGAGCCCCAGCGGCUGAGCAGGACGGACCGCCAGCACCGUUUGCGUCCAGACUCGCCCGAGGCAACCAGGACCGACGACCCCUUGGCAGGAUGUGCCGGCCAAUCCUGUGCCGCGGUCGGCGGGGGCAGAGCCCCAAGGGAGCGUGCUGAGGCGACGCUGCCCCCCGCCGCGGGGCUCAGCCCCCCGGAGCAGGACGGGCCGAGGACGGGGCAGCAGCCGGGCCCAGCGCGGGCCGUGGGGAGCGGCGGGCCGAAGGCGUCUGCGCGCAUGCCUCCAGCACCCAAGUCCAUCCUGCUUACGCCACAGAGCAAGGGAGCCAGGGAGAAAGGCAGGAAGGAGGCUGGGCGUGUGACGUUUUUGUCGGACCCCAAAGAACACGUGGUCCCUGCAGGUGGAUGGUCGAUCCGGCCUUUCCUCGGAUAUGAUUGGAUCGCAGGACUGUUGGACCUGGAUUCUUCUGUGUCGGAGAAAUCUGAGGAGUACUUCUCAGAACUGCGUGACUUCCGGCAGCUGAACAAGGAUGCGUGCGUCUCCUGCGGGAACUCGUACUCGGACGAGCUGGGCGCCUCCCCUCGCGACCCGGAACCGGAGGUGGACGCAGCUUCCCAUGAGUGUGUCUUCUGCUACCGGCUGAACAAGCGCCUGUUUGCCACACCGCUGGAUCCGGAGACGGCGUGUCCCAUCUGCAAAACCGCCAGGGCCCAGCGAUGGCCAGAGACCCUGGUGGAGCCGGCCUUUGUCAGGAUCAGCAUCCCAAGAUCCACGCUUCUCCCUGCCUACAAGCACAGAAUCCACCGCAGGAAAAGUUACGAGCCGGCAGACGACUUGGCUUUGCCCUCGCACUGCCUGGCCGGCUGGGAGAACCCCCCCCGCCCCCGCAGCCCCCCGCUCAGCAGCCUCGACCUCCGCUCCUCCUCGGGCGCCAGGCCUUCCGGCCGGGCGAGGACGCCCACGGGGCCGUGCCCAGAGCCGGGAAGGGCCGGGGCAUCGCGCGCUCCAGACGCCCCUGCUGCUGGUGCCCGGCCCGGUGGCUCGGCGCGCGGUGCCCACGUGGGUUACAGGCUGGCCUGCCCGCCCGUUGCAGAAACCUGGCUCCAGAGCGGCCGGGGGGGGCCGGACGGACCAGCUGCUGGACCGCUCCCGUGCGGCGGAAUUCGGACUCGGAACCCUCUCCUGGCAGCAGAGACGCCACGAGCCCCGGGCGAGGAAGCCGCUUCCGACUGAAAGCCCUCCCACCGUUUGCUGAGUUGCACCUUCCGGUCCAGCCGGGGGCCUGGGGGCAGAGGCCCAUGCCCCGAAGGGCCUUGGGGCAUUUUCCUGCAAAGCCACAUAGGGCACGGUCCUUUGGACGCUCAGCAAGAGGAACGAGUCUUACAUCUCCUUGGUUGCCACAGUGUAGCUGACAGUUCAGGAAAUGGAGGAGUUUGUUUUUUAAUGUAAGAAUCUCACCCCCCCCCCCGCCCCUUUUUAAGCUCCAAUCCAAAAUACAAAAUUUGCAAGGGUGCCUUACAAAAUAAAACCACCCCAUCGACAUGGGGAUAAUUUUAACCUUUUAACCCAUGAAUUAAAUGCAGGGAAAUCAUUUUGAAUCAUGUUUUAAAGUUUUAAUUUUAAAACGAGAGAACGCGUACAAAUUA